GAGAUCCCGUCCGUCCGGCAGUGAUUUCUCAUCCUCCCGCUGACGUCUUUAACUCCGCCUCUCCGUUCCCUCUGCCCGGCGCUCACAAUCACUCUCUCUCUCUCUCUCUGCCCCCUCCAGACGGAGCAGCGGACGGAGCCCACCACCAUUCGUCGCUGCUGCUGCGGUUUCUGUUGUUUUUCUGUGCCGAUCCCCUGAUAUAAUGGCCUCCGAUGGUAUGGAUGAACGCUCCCCGCUGUUGUCGGCACCGAACUCGGGGAACGUCACGCCCACCGCUCCGCCGUACCAGCAGGACCCAAGCUCAAGAGCUGAAUUACCUCCGCCCUACACAGCCAUUGCCAGUCCAGAUGCAGGAGGAGUGCCAGUCAUCAACUGUCGAGUGUGCCAGUCUCUUAUAACUCUGGAUGGCAAACUCCAUCAGCAUGUGGUGAAGUGCACCGUCUGUAAUGAGGCCACGCCUAUAAAGAAUCCACCAACAGGAAAGAAGUAUGUUAGAUGUCCUUGCAACUGCCUGCUAAUCUGUAAAGACACGUCUAGGAGGAUAGGAUGCCCUCGACCCAACUGCAGACGCAUCAUCAACCUGAGCCCAGUGAUGGUGAUCCCGGAGGAGCAGCCGGCUCAGCCAGCUCUACCCGUCCAGCCGGAGGGUAUGCGUGUGGUCUGCGGCCACUGCGGAAACACAUUCCUUUGGAUGGAGCUUCGAUUUAAUACCCUGGCCAAGUGCCCACAUUGCAAAAAAAUAUCCUCUGUAGGCAGUGCUUUACCUAGAAGACGCUGCUGUGCCUACAUUACAGUAGGAAUGAUCUGCAUUUUCAUCGGUAUUGGUUUAACAGUUGGCACUCAAGAGUUCGCCAGGCGUUAUCAUGCAACAUACGUGUCCUGGGCCUUCGCGUACCUGCUGGGUCUCAUCUGUCUGGUCCGGGCCUGCUAUUGGGGAGCCAUUAAAGUCAGCUAUCCUGAAAACACCUUCGCAUAGACAAGCAUCCAUCCUUCGAGUCCUUUUAGUGUUUGAUUUCACUCGAUUUGAACAGGUAAACCCAUGGAUGCGUAGUCCUGUUUCAAGAGCGUGAGUAUCCAGGAGAUUUGGUCCCUGCAAAUGUCUUCAAAUAGAGUUAUUGAUUAGCUCGGAUGUUUCUUGAACUGAUUUGAAUGCGCAAUAUGACGACGAGAGGAGGAAUCUGUGAUUUUAAAAGGUUAUAAGUUAUUAUAUAUUUCAUUUUAGUGGGGUGGAUGUCGAACAUGUUUUACGUACUGCGUUUUGUUACCAACUUGACCAAAAGAGAUGAUCUUUUAUGAACAAUUUGCCCAUUGCACUACAAUUUUUAUGCAAUUCUUUUGUUGUGUUGCUGCUAUUUCCCACAGCUGUCGUGAGCUGAGAGAUGUUAUGUGUUCAGAAAUUCUGCCAACAGUGGCACGAUG